AGUGGGCGGGGCUUGUCGUCCUAACUACCCGGGAGCGUUUGUCCACGCAACUCUAGUCUCAGAUUUGGCCCGGUACCGGGUUUGCGCUUGCUGCAGCAUGGGUCCCAAAGCAAAAAAGUCUGCCAGGAAGAAGAAAAUCACCAAAGCUGAACGGUUAAAGCAGCUACAGGAGGAGGAGGAGAGACGGCAAAAAGAGGAAGAGGAAGCCCGUGUGAAACAUGAAAAAGAAGAAAUGGAAAGUCUUGAAAGACAACGGAUUGAGAGAGAAAAAUGGCAUCAACUUGAAGCAAAAGAUCUAGAAAGGAGGAAUGAAGAACUUGAAGAACUUUAUUUAUUAGAGGAGUGUUUUCCUGAAGCAGAGAAGUUGAAACGAGAUACUAGAUUGCUCUCUCAGUGGAAUCACUACAUUCAAUGUGAUGGAAGUCCUGAUCCUUCAGUAUCCCCAGAAAUUAAUACUUUCAUUAGUCUGUGGAAAGAGGAAACAAAUGAGACUUUAGAGGAAGUGAUCGCGAAGAGUAAAUUAGUGCUAAAUUUAAUUGAGAAGUUGAGAUUACUUUUAUUGCAAACGCCAUCAUAUGAUUUGGAAGAUAAAACUAUAAUACAAUACCGAGGAUCAAUUCUAGAGCUGCAGGAGCUCCUCCAUCUUAAGUUCAAUGUAGCCACAGAACGACUUCUCAGACAAGCUAGUACAUUAGCAGAUCUGGACAGUGGAAAUAUGGAAAAAGUCAUUCAAGAUGAAAAUGUUACUCUAUAUGUGUGGGCAAACCUCAAGAAGAAUCCAAGGUACAGAAGUGUCAGAUUCUCUGAAACACAAAUUAGAUUUGAAAUUCCAAGGAUUUUAGCAACAAGUGGCAUUGCUAUACGACUCCUGCAUACUCACUAUGACCAUGCCACACCACUGCGCCCUGUUUCAACAUCAUUACAAGGACAUACUGCCACAGUAACUCACUUUGUCAAAGAUGAAGUUCAGAAGGGAGAAGCAGAAAUCAGCAAAGAGCUCCAAGAAGAGUAUAAACAACAAGAACGUGAGUCUGUAUCAGUUUGUGAGGAAGAAACAAAAGUUGAGGAGCAAGGUGAUAUGGAAGUACAAAUGAGUUUUGUCCAGGAAGAAUCUGAAGCCACAAAAUGUAAACUGGAGAUGAAGUUAUUAAGUGAGGCAGUUUUCGCAGCACAGUUGUUGCUGAUAGAGAAUGCUAAUGAAAAGCCAUGUUUCUGUGAAGACAAUGAGGUUGAUUUAUGCCAAUUCACAACCCUGGGUGGAGUGUACCACUUGGAUAUUUUCGAACUUCCACCACAGUGUAAACCAAUGAAAGGCUGGAUGAUUGUGGAAAUACUCAAAGAAGGACUGCAGAAAUAUAUAUAUCCUCCAGAAAGUACAGAAGACUUUGAAACAGAAAAUGCUUUCCCACCCAUAGAGGUCACGCUUGAAGUUCAGGAGAAUGUAAUCUUUUUUGAGGAUCCUAUGGUUGCAAGGUGGGAUGCUGAAGGUAAACACUGGCAGACUGAUGGCAUCAGCAAUGUCCUUUACCAAUCAGAAGAAAGACUUAUAACAUUCAGCCUAGAAACUUUUGGCCCUGUUACCUUGAUUCAAGAUACUCAUAUUAACAUGCCAUUCCAGUCAUGGGAACUCAGACCACUUGAUGUGAAUAAAGUACUUUUGACUGUGACUACGGUAUUUACUGAGAUACAAAUACAAAUUAAGGAAAACCUCUGCAUGUUAGCAUCAGUCAAAGUAGAUAACAAGAAACACUCCGCUACUUUGGAAGGAAGAUGGAUGACUCCUAUUUCUUUUAUUCUUGCUUUGAAAGAAACUGGAUUGAAUAUCUUUCCUACUGGACACUCUCAUUUUUAUGUUGUUAUAAAUCAUAAGGAACCCUUGGUAGAAAUUAAAGCUUAUCGACAACUGGCCCUGCUAAGUUCUGCUUUUGCAUUUGGUUGGAGCAAGUGGAAUGUAGAAUGUGGUUCAAAAAAAGUUAUAGUUAAGAAUAUGACUCCAUGAGGAGUUGGUGCUCCUGAACCGAUGAAGCCAUCCUAGACCUUAAGGUGGAAGCAAAGGGCUGCGGGUGAUGAAGCAGCGAGAGGAGACUGGGCCUUUUGGAUUUUGUGAAGCUUCUCUACCAUUUUGGGACUGCUUAUUUCCAACUCUGGUUUUAGAUGAAAGAGAAACUAUCUGGUUUUCCUCCUGCUUUUGGAGAAACUUAAUUGAUGUACACAUACAGUAAGUAUAAAAGCAUACAUAUAUUCACACAUAACUACAUAAACACAGACAUAUGAUUUACAUGUAAAGCCAUGUUUCAAAUAAUAUUUUAAAACCAUCUCAUCGGUAACAUUUGAUAGACAAUUAGUAAUUACCUUGGAGUUUAGAGAAGAUGAGCGUCUUUUAAUUUGGCAGUCAUCUGAAAGGAAAAACACAUUUGCACAUUUUAGGAAUUACAUAUGCAAUUUUUUGCAACAGUCUUAAUUCUUUACAAAGAAGAGCAAAAGUCAGAAAAUAAGACCCCAGAGACUACUGAGCAAUAAAAGUAUCUGGUUAUUAUUUUGUGAUUCAUAACAAUUACCACUUUAAUUGAUGGAAUGCAAUCCUCUAUGUCACUACAGAUGUCCACAAUGCUUACCCAGCACAUAGGAGGCACUAAAUAAAUGUAUGCUGAAUAAAUGAAACUACAGAUCAGAAGAUUAUCAAAUGUGAUUACUUUUUCUAGAAAAGGGAACAGAUCAUUAGAAUAAUUCUGUUCAGAAAGGUUCACACUAUUUAAAACUUUAUAUAAACCUUA